AUGUGCAAGCACAUCCUGAACGCCCAAGUCUCCGUCCGGUCACCGUGCUGCCAAAGAUGGUUCGACUGUGUUGAGUGUCAUGCGGAGCAAGAGAACCACCCCCUGAAGGAGCGGCUUGAGAUGACCUUCGCAUGCAAGAAGUGCAAGAAAUGUUUCCGCAAGGACGUCAAGGAGUUUGAGGAAGCAGACGAGUACUGCCCGCACUGCGAUAACCACUUCGUCCUCGAUGCCGUGACACCUAAGCCCGAGCUCAAGGUCGAGGGUGAGGACGCCCGGGUCGAUAGCCGCAUGAUAAGAGACGAGCGGCUCCAGCAAAAGCGUCAGAAGAUGCUCGAGGAGCUCAUAUUCGACCCGGAUGAAGACGCCGACAAGUUGGGCUGA